CACACACUACUACCACAACAACACAUAUUACAACAACAACACCCAUUACUACACCUACUACAACCACAACAACACCUACUUCAACCACAACAACACCUACUACAACACCUAGUACAACUAUAACACCUACUACAACCACAACAACAUCUACUACAACCACAACAACACCUAAUACUUUAUCUAGUACAGCCACAACCACAACACCUACUACAACCACAACAACACCUAUUACUACACCUACUACAACCACAACAACAGAUACUACAACCCAUACUAGAGCCAAAACAACGCCUACUACUACUUUAGCCACAAAAACAGCACCUCUAACUACUACUACACAUACUACUACCACAACAACACAUACUUAUAAACCUGAUACAACCACAACAACAGAUACUAAAACAACAGAUAGAAAAAGUAAAACACCUUCUACUUUUCAGACUGCUACCACAACAACAGAUACUACAACAGAUAGUAGAGCCAAAACAACACUUCUGACUACAAAUACACAUUCUACUACCACAUUUACAUUUACAUUUACAUUUACUAGUAACACAAAAAAAAACAUUGUUACUACAACACCUACCAUGAAUGCAACACGUAAUACCACCAGAACAACACCUAAGAAUACUACCACAAUAUUUACUAGUAACAUAACAAUACCUAUCGUUACUAAAACACCUACUACUAUUACAGCAGCUACAAUGACUACUACCACAGAAAAAAGUAUGCCUACUACAUUAACAACACCUACCAACACACCCAUUUCAAACACAACUCAUAGCAAAAUCAUUUCUGCUGUUCCUUUUACAAAUACAACUACACCUAGUAAUACCUCAACACGUACUAUUUCAGCUAAAACAACACCCACAACAAAGCCCGCUCCAAACACUUCAACAACACCAAUUUCAAAGAUAUCAACACCUAGUAAAACUACCUCUAAAACUGCCACAAAGACAAGUACAUCAGUCACACAUUAUACAACCACCACAACACCUGCUAAAAAUAACACAGCUACCUCCAAACCUACACCUCAAACAAAGACAGCUUCACCUACUACUAUUCGAUAUCCUACAACUGCACUACAUAAAAACACAUCCUCUGGUGAGACUGUAGUGGUUUCGACUACCACAUUAAAUACCAGAAAUCAUAGUGAUGGUAACACCAACACUUCUCAAAAGCCAACGUCAGACAGCACUGCAUCUGUGAAGCCAAAUGACAAGGAAACAUCUCAGAGUGUUUCCUCUAGAAAACCGGAUGGUCAUGAGACACCAGAUCACAACAUCAUCACUAGUGGCAGCAACAGCAAGAGCAACAGCAGCAUCAGUAAUGGCAGUGGCAACAAUUCAAACACUGACUGGGUACCUGGAUGGGCUAUAGCCCUCAUAGUAUUAGCUGCUGUCAUUUUACUGCUACUCAUAAUCAUCUUUAUUAUGAUGUUGGUUCGAUGGUGUUGUAAGAAAACAGGCAGUGACCAUAUGGACAUGAGGCAGGAUCCGUAUAACACGAAACAGAAACAACCACCCCAGGCUCCUCUGCCAGUAUACUCUCUUGAACCACCAGUGACACACAGCAUAGCGUCUGCUCCUUUAUUUAUUGGAGACUCACCUAAGAAGAACCGGACAGGGUUCUAUGCAGUAAAUCCUUAAGAGUCUCUGAUAAAGGAAGGUAGCCUGCUACGUUUAUGUGAAAUAUGUAAUUUAAAUAAACGUUUUAUUAUUAUUAUUAUUACAGUUUUGUUUGCAAAAGUCUCUAACCGUGUCAAAACAUUCAAAAUAUGCAACAAAAGCCUUUUUUCCUUCAAAGAACACAACUUGCAAACAAGUAUUUGAACGAUGGAUGGAUGUCCAAUCUAUCAUACAGUAAUACAGUAAUACAGAAUACAAAAUGCUGAUCUCAGUGUAAAUAAGUAAAUCAUUGAUUGUC